AGCCACGCAGCUUGCGACCUUCUCCCUUGCCCGUUUCGUUUUUGUGGAAGAUAAAUGCCGACAGGGUGACCAGAAAGACAAAAAAAAAACUGAAGAACGGAGGAAGGAAAGGCAGUCUGACGGAGGUGAUAAAGAUCUCGGUGUGUCGUCAAUUAUGAGAUAUUGGAAGGUUUGAUUAUUGACGUGGUCGCAAUUCAACCCGAUGUCGUGGUUCCGUGCCGCUUCUAUUGCGGCGCAAGUCGCGUUUCGCAGAAACCUAGCUCGAUCUGCUCACCACAGUACCAGAACGCUCGCUGCGCCGCCGCUGCCCAGUUUCCGAGCCUUUCACUCGACGGCCCUCCGGGGCAGAAGUUCCACGCCGGUGCCUCGCCCCGUUCCACUCUCCCGCCUCACCGACAGUUUCCUCAAUGGAACGAGCAGCGUCUACCUCGAGGAGCUCCAGCGCGCCUGGGAAGCUGAUCCGAACAGCGUCGAUGAGUCAUGGGACAAUUUCUUCCGGAACUUUGUCGGCCAGGCCGCCACAUCGCCGGGCAUCUCUGGCCAGACGAUCCAGGAAAGUAUGCGCUUGCUGCUCCUCGUCAGGGCUUAUCAGGUUAACGGUCACAUGAAGGCCAAUCUGGAUCCGUUAGGGCUGGAACAGCGUGAGAUACCUGAAGACCUCGAUCCUGCUCUUUAUGGAUUCACCGAGGCGGAUUUGGAUAGAGAGUUCUUCCUCGGGGUGUGGAGGAUGGCUGGUUUUCUGUCGGAGAAUCGUCCCAUCCAAACCCUUCGUGAAAUUUUGAACAGGCUUGAGCAGGCUUACUGUGGGACUAUUGGUUACGAGUACAUGCACAUUCCUGAUCGGGAGAAAUGCAACUGGUUGAGGGAAAGAAUCGAGACCGUCAAGCCUCGGGGUUACAGUCAGGAGCGUAGCGAGGUUAUACUCGACAGGCUCAUUUGGAGUUCGCAGUUUGAAAAUUUUCUUGCUAAGAAGUGGCCUGCUCAGAAAAGGUUUGGGCUUGAGGGUGCAGAGACUUUGAUCCCUGGCAUGAAGGAAAUGUUUGACAGAUCAUCAGAUUUAGGGGUUGAGAGUAUUGUCAUUGGAAUGCCUCAUAGAGGGAGACUGAAUGUUCUGGGGAAUGUUGUCAGGAAACCACUUCGGCAGAUUUUCAGUGAGUUUGACAAAAAAACGCACAAGGAUGAGGAUGGCUUAUACACGGGAACUGGAGAUGUGAAGUACCAUCUAGGUACUUCUUAUGACAGGCCAACCAGAGGUGGAAGGAAUAUUCAUUUGUCUUUGGUUGCAAAUCCAAGCCAUUUGGAGGCGGUUGAUCCAGUUGUGGUUGGUAAAGCACGAGCAAAGCAGUAUUAUUCCAAUGAUGUUGACAGGACAAAGAAUAUGGGCGUGCUAAUCCAUGGAGAUGGGAGCUUUGCUGGGCAAGGUGUUGUUUAUGAGACUCUUCAUCUCAGCGGCUUGCCCAAUUACACCACUGGUGGAACCAUACACAUUGUAGUUAACAAUCAAGUUGCAUUCACGACUGAUCCUCAAGCUGGGAGAUCUUCACAAUACUGUACAGAUGUUGCCAAAGCUUUAAAUGCUCCCAUUUUCCAUGUCAAUGGGGAUGAUGUGGAAGCAGUGGUCCAUGUCAGUGAGCUUGCAUCAGAGUGGCGCCAGAUUUUCCAUUCAGAUGUGGUGGUGGAUAUAGUGUGCUAUCGUCGACAUGGUCACAAUGAAGGUGAUGAGCCUUCAUUUACACAACCGAAAAUGUACCAGGUGAUUCGGAACCAUCCAAGUGCGCUUGAAAUUUAUGAAAAGAAACUUGUGGAGUCGGAGGUAUUUUCUAAGGAGGAUAUCAAUAAGAUUAAUAACAAAGUGGAGUCCAUCUUGGAAGACGAGUUCAAUCAUAGUAAAGACUAUAUCCCAAUUAAAAGAGACUGGCUCUCUGCUUACUGGGCUGGAUUUAAAUCUCCAGAACAGAUAUCACGUGUUCGAAAUACUGGUGUGAAACCUGAAAUUCUCAAGAGAGUUGGGGAAGCCAUCACAACCAUCCCAGAAAAUUUCAAACCUCACAAAGGUAUCAAGAGAGUUUUUGACCAGAGAGCCCAGAUGAUUCAAACUGGAGAGGGCAUUGACUGGGCAGUUGGAGAGGCUCUUGCUUUUGCAACACUUAUCGUGGAAGGAAACCAUGUCAGAUUAAGUGGCCAAGAUGUUGAAAGAGGCACAUUUAGCCAUCGCCAUGCUGUUAUUCAUGACCAAGAAACUGGAGAGAUAUACUGCCCUCUUGAUCAUUUGACUAUGAAUCAAAAUGAGGAGAUGUUCACCGUUAGCAACAGCUCUCUUUCCGAGUUUGCGGUCCUUGGCUUUGAAUUGGGCUACUCUAUGGAGAACCCUAAUUCUCUAGUGCUAUGGGAAGCUCAGUUUGGCGAUUUUGCCAAUGGUGCUCAGGUUAUAUUUGAUCAGUUUUUGAGCAGCGGAGAGUCAAAAUGGCUUCGCCAAACUGGUCUUUGUGUGUUGCUUCCCCAUGGUUUUGAUGGUCAAGGCCCAGAACAUUCAAGUGCAAGGUUGGAGCGCUUUCUUCAGAUGAGUGAUGACAACCCAUAUAUUAUUCCGGAGAUGGAGCCAACACUUCGGAAACAGAUCCAGGAGUGCAAUUGGCAAGUUGUGAAUGUCACAACUCCAGCAAAUUAUUUCCAUGUUUUGAGACGUCAGCUUCACAGGGAUUUUCGGAAACCAUUAAUUGUGAUGUCUCCUAAGAGUCUCCUUCGUCAUAAGGACUGCAAAUCAAACCUUUCAGAAUUUGAUGAUGUGGCUGGUCACCCAGGUUUUGACAAACAAGGAACACGAUUCAAACGCCUUAUUAAAGAUCAGAAUGAUCAUAAAGAUUUGGAAGACGGCAUUAACCGCCUUGUGCUUUGCUCUGGAAAGGUAUAUUAUGAACUUGAUGAUGAACGAAAGAAAAGGGAUCGGAAGGAUAUUGCCAUCUGUAGGGUUGAGCAGCUUUGCCCCUUUCCCUAUGAUCUUGUUCAGAGAGAGCUAAAACGAUAUCCAAAUGCAGAGGUUGUUUGGUGCCAGGAAGAGCCAAUGAACAUGGGCGCAUACCAUUAUAUUGCUCCUCGCCUAUGCACCGCCCUGAGAUCACUUGGCAGGGGGACUAUGGAGGACAUUAAAUAUGUUGGAAGGGCACCGUCAGCCUCCACCGCCACCGGUUUCUUCUCCGUUCACGAGAAGGAGCAGCGCGAGCUCAUCGGGAAGGCAAUGCAGCCUGACCCAAUUAGUUUCCCGUUCUGAUUAUCUGAUUUUGCUUUCAACAAAGGGAGCAGGCAGCUAUUCCUUACGUCUGAAUUUUUCCUUGAGUACGCUCUUCAAUGAACUAUAUGCAAGUUUUCAGAGCUUGUGAGCUUUUCCAGUGUCAACUGUAUGUUGAAUAAUAACAUGCGCAAUUGAUGAAAUUAGAAAUAAUGCUGAAGCUAGACAAACUUCAUUAGUGGGAAGGCAUAUUUUCGUGUUUCGGUUGGGACAGUUUUCUUACAGUUUUUUAAAACAACUUUUUAGUAUAAAAAUUUAUUUAUAAAACAAGUUUUUUAUGUUAAAAUGUUGUUUAAAAAAAACAGCAAAAAUGCUGUCCCAAGCGAGGCCUUAGGGACUGCAUUCCUUCAGUUUAUUUGGGCUGAUGGCAGUUUUUCCUCAAUAUUGGGGUUGUUUUUGUAGUGAUACUUUUACUGUUCGUUGUAAAUUAAGGAUUAGUUUCUAAGAUUGAUGAGGUGUUGGUUUUUUUGUAUUCA